AAAAGUCUAUUAUUACUCUCGGAGCUGAAAUUCUUCACUCCACCACGUUCAACGCAGAACCAAAAACUGAGAGAGAGAGAGAGAGAGGGAGAUUCAUGGAAAUAUUAUACAGCAUAUUGGCGGUUUUCUGCGCUGUUUUUCUCUCACAUAAUGCAUGGAAAUUCUUGAAGAGGGUUUGGUUUGAGCCAAGAAAGGUGGAAAAACGGCUAAGGCAAGAGGGCUUCAGUGGAAACAGCUACAGAUUUAUCACCGGCGACUUCAAAGAAAUAGCCGCCACGGACAAACAAGCUCACUCCAAACCCAUCGCAUUUUCCAACGAUAUAGCGCCUCGUGUCAUCCCCUUCAUUCAUCAAUCCCUUCUAAAAUACGGUAUCACGUUUUUCAGUUUCAGUUAUGAAUAUUCUAUUAAGUAGUUUAUGUUUAGGCUGAAUAUUUUGAUAUAUGGUGAAAUUAUAUAUAGGUGAAAACUGUUUCAUAUGGUAUGGCUCAAAGCCUGCAGUAGUUAUCUCGGAUCACAAAAUGAUAAAAGAGAUUCUGUCCAAGAAUUAUGUUUUUCAGAAGACUUCAACUCCACUAGAUAAGCUGCUAGCACAAGGCGUGGCAACGUACGAAGCAGAUAAAUGGGCAAAGCAUAGAAGACUACUAAAUCCUGCUUUUCAUCUAGAGAAAUUGAAGCUUAUGCUUCCGUCGUUUUACUUGAGCUGUGGUGACAUGUUGAGCAAGUUGGAUGAGAUAAUACCAAGUGAGGGAGCAUGUGAAGUGGAUGUGUGGCCUCAUCUUCAAGCCCUCACGAGAGAUGUGAUCUCGCGCACUGCGUUUGGGAGCAACUACGAAGAAGGUAGAAAGAUAUUCGAGCUCCAGAAAGAGCAAGGCGUGCUCUUGUUGAAGGCGUUUCAAAUGCUUUACAUCCCCGGUUGGAGAUUCUUGCCAACGAGAACAACCAAAAGGAUGAAAGAAAUAGCCAUGGAAGUGGACUCAUCAAUUCUAGGCAUCAUAAAUAAAAGAAUGCAAAUGAUUGAAGCAGGGGAAAUAACAGAGUCCAAUGACUUGCUUGGAAUAUUGUUGGAGUCCAAUUACAAGGAGAUCCAGAAGAAUGGUGAAGAUCUUGGGAUGAGCUUGCGCGAGGUGAUUGAUGAGUGCAAACUCUUCUACCUUGCCGGGCAGGAAACAACGUCUACCCUGCUCGUGUGGACCAUGAUUCUGCUGAGCAAGCAUCCGGACUGGCAGGCUCGAGCCAGAGACGAGGUCCUGCAAGUUCUUGGCAGCCAUGAACCAGAUUUCCAAGAGCUGAGCCGCCUCCAGAUUGUGACAAUGAUUUUUCACGAGGUUCUGAGAUUGUAUCCGGCUGCAGCUAUUCUGAGACGAACCAUUCAUAAGGAGACGACGCUAGGGAAUGUGAGCCUACCUGCUGGAGUGAACCUCUUCCUACCUACACUGCUACUGCAACAUGACUGCAAGAUAUGGGGAGAAGAUGCAAAGGAAUUCAAUCCAGAGAGGUUUAGAGAAGGCGUUUCCAAGGCAACGAGAGGGCAGCUCGUGUACUUCCCGUUUGGUGGAGGCCCUCGGAUAUGCAUUGGCCAGAACUUUGCCAUGCUAGAAGCAAAAAUGGCACUGGCCCUCAUCUUGAAGCAUUAUUCAUUCGAGCUUUCUCCUUCGUAUGCACACGCGCCCGAUCUGGUAUUGUCGCUCCAACCUCAAUAUGGCGCGCCAUUGAUCAUGCACAGACUCUAUUAGGCCUUGCUGCAAACUGUGUUUUAAUUUGUUGUUGUUAUAAGCUUAUCUCUCUCUCUCUCUGUUUCCCAUGUUUGUGAUAUGAGGCAUCAUAGCAUACUUAAGACAUACAUUUCUUUGUAUAAAUAAAGGGAAGCUAGUUUUUCAAA